GGUUAAAGAGGAGGGAAAGACAAGGAUUGUUGCAAAUGUAUCAGAUGUGUGCCUAUCUGAGGGUUACGAGACGUCAUAAGCGCGAGCAAAUUAGCUAUUCACCAGUGACGUCAUCUGUGAGAAGGUUCGUGUCGUGACCUCUGGAUAUAAAGAUAAGCGAAAUAUGGUGUUAGUUCAUAUAGAGAGAGAGAUUGGGAAGAGAGACGAAACAAGUAAGAGAUAGCUCUUAUCUAUUAUCUCACGAGGUAGAAGGAAUUUCACACCGCGAUCCUUUCGGUUUCUCGUGGUGUAAAUGAUAUUUCGUUAGGAGAGUCUCUAGCGUACUGAUGCCGAUUGAAUUUGUGGAAAUAAUCGCGUAUAGUUUUGUUCGCAUAAAUUGAUUCAAAACAAAAGAUUGAAGUACAGUCAGCUUAAAAUGAUUGCACCCAUGUGGAUGUCAGUCGUUCUGAGAACAAUUCUAGCGACAUCUGGAGAGUUUGAUCAAAGUUACUCCACUCUUAGAAUGACAUAUUUUUCAGUACUUCAGCGCGAUCACAAAGGAGUUGGAUCAUAUAAGUUUGGGUAUAAUACAGGACUCAGCGUGGGCCAGUCUUUCAGAGAGGAAGAGAAGACCCCAAAUGGAACAGUAUUUGGAAAAUGGGGCUAUGUCGACCCAUUCCGAGUAUUAAGAAUUACCGAAUACCGUGCUGACGACUCGGGGUUUCAUAUCGUCGCUCGUCACGUCGUUUCAUUGCCAGAGCCACGUAUUAAACCACCUCGUCCUGUGUCUAAUCCUCCCGGUCCUUUCAUCGGACCGCUACCUCCAUUUGUCCCAAGGCCGCCACCUGUUGAGGACGAAUGAAACGAUGACGGCUAUUUAUCAGUUUCAUCAAAUAAACGUUGCACAUUUCGUCGUUCGAACUAAAUAACGUAAGCAAUAAUGGCCGAAAAAAAAAAGGUCUGGUCUUUACCACAAAUGUGCGAGUUCAGUGUUUGAGUUGUCUGUUUAAGAUCGACUAAUACGUUGUCUGAAGAAAUAAACAGUUUACAAACAAGUCAAAAAAUAAAAUAAAAUAGCGUGUGUGCUAACAUCAUUAGACAAUGUAUAUUUAGUUAUCUGUUUAACAACGACUAUUAUGUUGUCUGAAGAAAUAAACAGCUUAUAAACAAAUAAAAAAAUAGCGGUGUGUGCCAG